AUGCUGGAGGCAGAAGGCGGCGGGGAGAGGCGAGAACCUGCGGCCAUGAAGUCCCCGCAAACCAAGAGUGCGGCCGGCAAAGGCUCCGGUGACUGUCUCCCUCGUCCUCUCCCGUCCCGGCCGGCCCCGGGCCCUGCCGCCCUGCGGGCGGAUGCCGGGGAGCUGGCGGAGGUGCUGGGCGAGUUCGAUGCCGUGAUAGAAGACUUCUCCUCGCCCGUCAGCAAGCGCCACUUCCAGUACGAGGAGCACCUGGCGCGGAUGAAACGGCGGAGCAGCGCCAGCGUCAGCGACAGCAGCGGCAUGAGCGACUCAGAGAGUGCAGAUUCACUGUACAGAAACAGUUUUAGCUUCAGUGAUGAAAAACUUAACUCUCCAACAAUGUCAAUUCCAACUCCAACUUUACCAUCUCCAGCAGUAACUCCUUGUAAAGCAAAGCUUGGAGACACAAAAGAACUAGAAGACUUUAUUGCUGAUCUUGACAGGACAUUAGCAAGUAUGUGAAGCAAAGGGAUUUUUGGCAUCACCCCUGUCUACAGAUAAUUCCUUGAAAGAUGCAAUGAAGACCUAAUGAUAUGGAUCACUGAAAGCCGCUGCCAUGUCUGACAACUGUCAACUUUGCUAUCCAGCAUAUUCAUCUUCUGAACAUAACAAUAGUCACCUUCUCUAAGCAUUUAACUGAUGACAUCAGUUUUGUUACUUUGCAGCAGGCAGGAUCAGAUAACUUAAAUGUGCUGAUACUAUAUUUGUUUUCUUAAAAAUAUAGCUUAAAUUUUAAUUUAAAAUUGCUUUUAUGAAAAUAUAUUUGUAAUUUUAUAUAGUUGGAAACUUUAAUGCUUUUAAUAUAUUUUUGUAUACAAA